AGAGGUGGAAGUGGGCUGGGCUUCCCGCUUUUCCCACGAACAGGAACUAUGGCGUCAUCAUACCCAUAUAUGGAAUGUACAGACUUCCGGCAGGAACUCGGUGCUCAAAGUAGCUUGAAGAACGCGGCUUUACCACACGCGCGCGCGCUCGCACAGAUUUUAAACGGAUUCGGGAAAGAUCUGGACUUCUUCUUUUUUCUGAAGAGAUAACUGCUUUUUAUACCCGGACCUUUCAGAUUGGACUCUGAAACUGGACAGUGAAAAGAAGGAGCAAAGUUUUUUUAUUAUUAUUGUUAUAUAUCUUGUUUUGAGUUAGAGACACUACCGCUCUGAUUUAAGCACACACCUGCCUGACUCAGGUAAAGGUAAGCCCCAAAGCCUCAAAUCUUCAUCACGCCUCUUAUGUCCACAAAAAUGGAGCAGCCUUUUUACCAUGACGACUCUUUUCUGUUGGGUUACGGCCACACGGACGCCGCGCUGCACGACUACAAGCUCCAGAAGCAGCAGCAGCAGCAGUCCAUGAGCCUGAGCAGCCUGAACGAGCCGUACCGCAGCCUCAAGUCCGACCCGGUGUACCACGCGUCUCAUGCGGACGUCGGCUCUCUCAAGCUGGCGUCUCCGGAGCUGGAGAGGCUGAUCAUCCAGAACAGCAACGGAGUGCUGACCAGCCCCACGCCUCCGGGUCAGUACCAUCUAUACGGCCACCGCUCCAUCACAGACGAGCAGGAGGGCUUCGCGGAAGGCUUCGUGAAGGCGCUGGACGAGCUGCACAAGAUGAACCAGCCCCCGCCCAACGUGUCGAUCGGCGCGGGCGGGGUGACGACGUGCUCGGUGGCGGCUCCCUCCGCGUUCGGCUCCGCCCUGCAGCCAGAAGCUCCGGUCUACACCACGCUCAACCCUUACUGCCCGAGCCUCGUCUCGACCACUACAGCCACCUCGAGCUAUCCGUCAGCCACCAUCAGCUACCUGCCUCCGGCGCACGCAGACGCGUCCACGCACGCAUACCAGAACCCUCUGGCUGGUGGCGUUCAUCCCGCACAGCGCUUCGUGGCUCUCAAAGAGGAACCGCAGACGGUGCCAGACAUGCACAGCAGCGACGGCACGCCGCCCGUUUCUCCCAUCGACAUGGAGAGCCAGGAGCGCAUCAAGGCAGAGCGCAAGCGCCUGAGGAACCGACUCGCCGCCACCAAAUGCCGCCGGCGCAAGCUGGAGCGCAUCGCGCGUCUCGAGGACCGCGUCAAGGUGCUCAAGACGGACAACGCGGGCCUGUCGAGCACCGCGUCGCUCCUGCGCGAGCAAGUGGCGCAGCUCAAGCAGAAGGUCCUGCGGCACGUAAGCAGCGGCUGUCAGCUCAUGUUGACCAGCAAGAUGGAGGCUUUCUGAAACAAGAAAACCACACACACACCCACACACACAUCUUUAUUCACUAACACUCAAAACACUGGAAAGAUUGUCAAUGGACAUUCAUUCACGUCCGUGACGUCUGAACGCCACUGAAUGGACAUUAUGACAUUCUGCUGAGCUUCAGGACGUGCUGAAAAAAAAACGGUACUUCCGUUUGCGGUUGGCGGACACCGCUGAGUAGAUCGCCAUGAAGUCCGCACACUGAGGCGACUGAGAAACACAUGAACUGUACAACGAGCCGAAGCAGGCUGCAGAGACUGAGAGACCAGGCCGGUAAAGCCAACUCCACGCCAAUAACGUUGUUUUUAAUGUUAUGAUCAAAGGGAGAUUUGUAUGUUUUAGUAGCUUAUGACGUCACCUGAUACUGAUACUGUCAUUUCUAAAUGUGUAAAUUAUUUUGUUUUUUGUUUUGUUUUGUUUUUUGGUCAGGUUGAUCCUGACUUAAUGUUAACUAUGUCUCAUGUUUACAAUGUCCUUUUUUUAUUUGUUGUUUAUUUAAGUAAAAAAAACACAUUGAAAUAUA